UCCUAUUGGCUAGAGGAGCCGAUGACGCCAUGAAACUCAACAGUCUCAAAAAUCAAAAUGCGCUCAUGUUUGCCUACAGUUGCUGAACAGCUUUUUCGAGAUAUUCAGAAAACAUACCAGGAAACGUCUCAAAUUCCUGAUGACCUGCUCAUUGCGCUGAAGUUUGUCUUUGGGUCUUGUGCGCUGCAAGCUUUGGACCUGGUAGACCAGCGUUCAGUCACCUGUCUGUCAUCUCCAAGUGGACGCAAGGCCUUCCAGGUAAUGGGAGGCUCGGGACGUUUGUACACCUGCUUCGUGUCCUGUCACUACUGCCCGUGCCCGGCCUUCGCCUACACUGUGCUCCACAGAAAUGAAGGCCUGCUGUCUCUUUUCUCUCAGUGCAAACACAUCCUGGCCGCCUACCUGUGUCAGGCCAUGGGUGUGACUCAGCAGGAGAGUGUGUCUGAUCAGCAGAUGUCCAUGCUGCUCAGUGGGACUGCAGCCCUGUGACACCCAGAUACUGCUCAGUACUGAGUACAGCAGGUGGACCAGCACACCUGGCUCCACAGGGACAGCAGGGACCCUCUUGGACGAGAGCCGAUGUUUUAAAUGGAAACUUUGGGUCACUACAAAGACGACAGGAGCACGAGACAACUACCAUGGUUUCUACUCUUUCAUAUGUCUCUUUAAAAGACACCAGAUGUUGCUUUAUUUGUUUUUUCUUUUGCAAGAGUUUGUAAUCUGUUUCCAUGGUAACGACAUCUGUUCAUUGAGUUUGCGCACUGCUUUAUUUUUAGGUUUAGGCUUAGGCUUUUUUAUCUAGGGAAGUAGUGAGUUACUUCAGAGACAUUUUUAAAACAUGGAUGUAUUUUUUUCCCC